AUAGUUACCAGGGUCAAAACCAGCCGCCAAAUCAUGGUUGGUGGAAUGGAUCAGAAGCCGGAGCACGUCUUCGUCGCGUGGUUUCUCCGCGCGCGUCGCCCGCCUGCCUGGUCAGCGCGGCCUGGAGCUCCCAGCCGGGUCGCCGUCCUCUCCUCACCAACCGCCAGACUCCGGUACCACCGUACUUAAUAGAGACGCCCAUCGGACAGGGAGAGGAUAUUUUCGGUGAGAGGGACCAAAGCAGACCCGCGGAGGGAAGGCCAUGGAGGACGGAGGCCUGCGCGCGAGCAUUCUCGUCAAGGAUGGUGCAACAUGCCAUGGUGAAGAAUCACAGUCUCUACUGGAAGUAUCUCAACACCCAGAGCUUAAACCUAGAGGUUCUGACUGGAGACCACCUGCAAUCAUUCUUGGACUUGAAUGCUUGGAGAGUAUGGCUUUCAAUGGCAUCGCCACAAACCUAGUUGUGUAUAUCCGCUCAGUUCUCCAUGGUGGCAUUGCCUCAAGUGCUUCAAUUGUUUCUCUUUGGUAUGGGACUAGCUUCUUUGUGCCUAUACUUGGAGCAGGCAUAGCGGAUGCUUACUGGGGAAAUUACAAGACUGUCUUGAUCUCCCUUGUUAUGUACCUACUUGGCAUGGUACUCAUUACAGUUGGAUCAUUUAUACCUUCUGCUCCAGCCUUAUGCAACUUAGGCUCAUGCUCGUCAUCAAAAGGAACUGAGAAUCUAAUUUUCUUCUCGGGUUUGUAUCUAUCUGCUGUUGGUUGUGGAGGAGUAAGGUCCGCAUUGCUUCCACUUGGGGCAGACCAAUUCAACAAUGAGAACAGUCUAGAUACGCCAAAGAGGAGGAAUUUCUUCAGUUUGUUUUAUAUCUGUGUCAUCUUUGGUGUGAUUACUUCUGGUACCAUUGUAGUCUGGGUUCAGGAAAAUGUGAGCUGGGCUAUAGGAUAUGGUAUUGCUACCACAUGCAUAGCUCUGGCUUUGGUAGGCUUUGUGGCCGGAACACCAAUAUUCCGGCGGCGUGAGCCUAGUGGUUCCCCAAUGAAGAGUAUUUUCCAGGUUACUUUUGCUGCUUUUAAGAACAUGAGCUUAGAAAUCCCUGCCGAUAGCUCUCUUCUUUAUGAGGCCAGGAGCAAGAACACACACAAGAGAGGACCGAGAUUAGCUCAUACUGAUGAUUUCAGGUACUGCACUGCCUGUUUUUUGUUACUUAUUCAGUGAAAUUUGCACAUAUGGUACGUUACCUUUAUUUACAUUUUGUAGCUCCAAUUGAAGUAAUCAUGUCCGUGCUAAGUAAGCUGUUAAUUAUCUAAUAAUUUCUUAAAGAGAAGUCAGCAUAAAAAAUCAUU